GCUACAUCGUUGGGUAAUAGAAUCCACGGCCGAUGCGACAUCCUCACCUCCUCUUGGCUGUAUAAAAGCCCCUGCAGAUAUCUGGCAACCCCGGACCUGACCCAAGGAUUGCCUUAUCUCCCGUGACCUCAAUUUUUCUUUCGUCACCCCUCCUUCCAUAACUUACCUCAUCCAUCAUCCAUUCAUCCAUUCAUCCAUUCAUCCAUUCAUCCAUUCAUCCACCCUCUGUAUCAAACCCCCUCAAAAAAACGACCUACAAAAAUGUCAACCCCCUACCUAACCGCCCUCCAACGCGACGGCUUCGUAGUAAUCCCCUCGCUCCUUAACCCCACCGAAGUGUCCGAAUUCCGCGCCGUCGCGACAGCCGCCACCACCAAGACACGCGCCGGCGAAUGGCCACACUUCCGGACCGUACCCAAGCAGUUCCCGCCGUGGCCGACGACGCCGCCGCCCGCCUCGGAGGGCGGGAUCUGGGGCGUGCAGCACCUGCUGCAUCCGGAGAUGCCGGGGCGCGGGGAAUUCGCGCGGUUCUACUUCUCGGAGAAGGUGCUGGCGGUGGCGGAGGAGUUGCUGGGCCUGGGCGCGGGCAGAGGCGAGACGGGGGAGGAGGAGCCGCUGGUCAUGGAGCUGUUUAAUCUGCUGGUGGCGCCGGAGACGAAGGACUUCGAGCUGCGGUGGCAUCGCGAUGAUAUUCCCGACACGGUGACGACCGAGGAGGAGGAGCGGUUGUUGCAUGCUAAGAGCCCCGGGGGGAAGCAGUCGCAUGCGCAGUAUAACCUGGCGCUGUGUCCUGAUGCGUCGUUGAUUGUGGUGCCGGGGUCGCAUCGGCGGGUGCGGACGGAGGCGGAGCGCGCGGCGGCGCCUUAUGAGCCGAACAUGCCGGGUCAGCUGGUGGUGGAGCUGCAGCCGGGCGACGCGGUGUUCUACGACAGCAAUAUCCUGCAUCGCGGGUCGUAUCAGGCCAAGCCGGAGGGAGGGGAGGAGUCGCGGUUGACGCUGCACGGGAGUAUCGGGUUGAAGGGAUCCGGCGGCGACGAGGCGGACAAGAAGGUGCGGGCGACGGCGGUGCUGCAGCACGGCGUCGGGGCCUGGGUGCAUCGCGACGAUGCGGCCUUUGGUAUUGGGGAGCGCGCCGAGAAGAUGCGCGCGAAUCUGGUGGCAAUGGGAACGGGCGAGGGCGUGGGAUAUUCUCUACAGGGGUAGGACGAGGUUGAAGGUCAAUUGAUCCUGGACUCGAAGAAUGGAACCGUUGAGAAAAUGUUGAAAAAACCGUCUCGCUCAUAUAUAUACACCAGGCCAUGAAAAUAAACAAGAGGGUA